CAAGACCUAUUUCUCAUCCUCUCAAAAGAAGGCCGAAACGCUAAACGCUAAAGACAGUUAUUCUGAUUUGAUCCCUGUAGGAAGCUGCGAUUGCGAUAUUCCCGUGUGUCAGUCGGCUAGCUAGCUACUCAGCUCGAUCACUCUCUUUCUCUCUGUUGUGUGUUGUAAGUAGAAACCCUAAUUUCGCGACGGGAAACACUCUCUCCCAUAGGAUGGAGAUAAAUACACAAGGAUGAAUCCAAAGUCCAAACUAAACUUGAUAUUGCACAAAGUACAGCAAUAUUGGUCUGGGAAUGCCGUAAAUCAAAACAAAGGGAUGGUGGAGAAUUUGCAGCGUUAUGGAAUAAUCCAAUCAAGAAAGGUAGCUGAAGUAAUGGAAACUAUUGAUAGAGGUUUGUUCGUACCCAAUGGAACCCCACCUUAUGUUGACAGCCCAAUCCCAAUAGGCUAUAAUGCCACUAUAUCUGCGCCGCACAUGCAUGCCACCUGCCUUCAAUUGCUUGAGGAGAAUUUACAACCCGGGAUGCAUGCGCUGGAUGUUGGCUCUGGAACUGGGUACUUGACGGCAUGCUUUGCAAUGAUGGUUGGACCACAAGGCCGUGCUGUUGGUGUGGAGCAUAUUCCUGAAUUGGUUUCCUCCUCAACCGAGAAUAUUCAGAAGAGUGCUGCUGCGUCACUACUGAAAGAUGGUUCCCUUUCUGUGCAUUCUGGUGAUGGGAGGCAAGGUUGGCCAGAGUUUGCUCCUUACGAUGCCAUUCACGUUGGGGCAGCGGCCAAGGAGAUUCCACAACCACUUAUUGACCAGUUGAAGCCAGGAGGUAGAAUGGUGAUUCCUGUUGGCGUCCUAUUUCAGGAUUUGCAGGUUGUGGAUAAGAACUCUGAUGGUUCCAUCAGUAUCCGGACGGAGACUUCUGUUCGUUAUGUGCCUCUAACCAGUAAAGAAGCUCAACUGCAAGGUUAAUGGAGUGAAAUAGAUGGAACAAAUUAAUUGUGGAGAUAAGUGGUUGGCUGUACCGUAUAUUGUCCAGAAUUUAUAUAGCUAGAGUUUGUUGUCUUGAAAAAAGAAUGAGUUCAUGCUGAUGAUGAGGUGUCAUAAAUUCAUGAAUAUCUAUUUUCUGAUCUAUCCAUCUAUCUCUCUAUAUAUAUAUGAAAUUAACAAAAUUGUAUUUUCUAUA